AGAGCAAUGCCACAAGUGGUAUAUAUCUACUAUUGUAUUACAUAACUUUGCGUAUUCAUUCACAUGUUUCGUGGUGUUAUUCUUUCGUUAUGUGCUUCUUUCUCUUCGUUGCUUUGAAUUCUAAGCGGGUUUUUUCGAUUUACUCAGACACAAUCCGUUCGUGUGUAUUUGUAUUCGGCGGUUUGUACACUUCGAUUCAAAUAAACGCUCACUUCAGGCAUCAGUCAAACUUUCAUUUUUCAUUGAGUCAGUCGUUUUGAGCGUUUCUUUGAUCUCAACAUUCGCUUUUUGGUUGAACAAUCGUUAAAUAAUCACAACAAUUACCAUAAAAAAAAUCUUCGAGACGCGGUUGUCGAAUAUAAACCGCUUACUUUAUUAUUCCAAAUCGCACAAGCCAUUCGAUUUUUGUUUAGUUGGAUUUAAUUUGUGCCCGAAGCGAAAUAUUACGAUUUAUUAUUUCAAUCGAUCUUGUGUCACGAACACCCCAUUAAUCGUUAGACGGCGGGAAAUAGCCUAUAGAAAACCACAAUCGACGAUAAGUAAUUUUCUUCAAUUGAAAAUGGGUUCAAUCAAUUGCAAAGCGUUCUCAUCAACCAAAACCGUACAGGAUGAAGAGGAUGCAAAAUCAAGCUGUAGAAAUGCUACGGUUGACCAACAACCUGAAGCCGAUUAUGUUGAGAAGAUUGUGUGUGAAGAGAACGAUAUCGGAGAAAAUGAGAUGAAACAAUUUGAAAUAGACGACGGAUCAAAAGUAUUGGUUGUUAAGCAAAACGGUGUUAUAUCUGCCAUCGGAACGAAAUGUUCACACUACGGAGCUUUGUUGUCGACAGGCGCCCUAUCAGAAGGGCGUAUCAGAUGUCCAUGGCACGGAGCAUGUUUUAACAUUCACACUGGUGAUAUUGAGGACUUUCCUGGUCAAGAUCCGAUUCCGUGCUACAAAGUCAGUGUUGAUCAGGGAAAAGUUCGCGUGAGAGCCAAGCGAAGUGAUUUACAAGCAAAUAAACGAGUGAAAGAUAUGGUUAAACGUGACCCGAAUAAUGACACUACUUUUAUCGUUAUCGGUGGUGGACCUUCUGGCGGUAUUUGUGUGGAAACAUUACGUCAAGAAGGAUUUACUGGUCGCAUAAUUCUGGUUUGCAAAGAAAAUGCAUUACCAUAUGAUCGCGUGAAAUUAAGUAAAGCAAUGGAUGUUUCAAUUAAAAAAAUUGAAUAUAGAACCCAAGAUUUCUACGACGAGUAUGGAAUUGAAACUUAUACUGGGGUCGAAGCAACAAAGGUGAAUCGUGAUGAAAAAACGGUGACAUUGAGCAAUGGUUUUAUCAUAAAAUACGAUAAAUUGUUGAUUGCCACCGGAAGCAAAGCACGAAAACCAAACAUUCCAGGUGCUGAUUUGAAAAAUGUGGUUGUUGUUAGAGAGUUCACCGAUUCGGAGUAUAUUAUCAGUCAAGUGUCACCAGAAAAGCAUGUCGUUUGUCUUGGACUUUCAUUCAUUGGCCUCGAAUCAGCCGCUUAUUUGUGUAAAAAGGUGGCAAAAGUUACCGUUAUUGGCCGCGAUACGAUUCCAUUGCGUCAUAGUUUUGGUCCAGAGGUUGGCGAACGAAUUAUGCGAAUGUUUGAAGCCGAAGGUGUUGAAUUUAAAAUGCAAUCGGGUAUAAAACGUUGUAUUGAUACAGACGGUGUUCUUUCGGCUAUUGAGCUAACCGAUGGCACUGAAAUCAAAUGUGAUAUCUGCAUUAUGGGCACAGGCUCAACUCUAUGCACAGAAUUCCUUAAAGAUUCCGGUAUAAAUAUAAACGACGAUGGUUCCAUCGAUACGAACGUCUUCUUACAAACAAAUGUCGAAGAUAUCUAUGUUGCAGGCGAUAUUGCAAACGCACCAGUAUUCACGAUAAACAACAAUCUAGCAACAAUUGGUCAUUAUCCAUUGGCUCAGUAUCAUGGAAAUGUGGCCGCUAAAAAUAUGGCCGGAAAUGAGACGGCCUUGAAGGCUGUGCCUUAUUUUUGGACUACAUUAUUUGGCAAAUCAUUUAGAUAUUCAGGUUAUGGUACACCUCAUGAAACACGGAUCAUUGGCAGUUUGGAUGAUUUGAAAUUUGUUGCAAUCUUUUUGAACAAAGAUGGUCAUGUGUGCGGAAUGGCAUCGUGUCAACGUGAUCCAAUUGUUUCACAAUUCGCUGAACUGCAAUCACAGGGAAAAUCAAUUCAUAAAAUUGAACUCGAUGGACCCAACGAUCCAUUUGCAUGGACCAAAAUUAUUCAACCCGUAAAAGCAUAAAAUCGUACAGUAUUUUUUUAUGCACCAUUGAAUAAACGAUUUUUCAUGAAUUUAUCGUUCGUAUUUAUUUCAACUUAAAUUGAAAGUAUUCCAUAAGAAUUUAUUAAUGUGUACAAUAAUAAAGCGCUUCAAAGCACAUCGCAAUCAA